AUGGCUGUCCUGAGGGAGCUCAGGGAAGAAGGAGCUUUAACUCUGCCUGCUGAAUUGUGGAAAUUGAAGGGGAGUAACAUAGCAGACUCUUUCUUGAAAUUAGUUUACUUAGAACAAAGACACCACCUUCCUAUGGUGUGUACCGUCCAUGGUGCUCCUUCGACUGUCUACAGUAAUAAUGCCAUGACCUUCAGGGCUGCAAGCACCUGUCUCCAGGAGGUGUGUGACGAGGAUGUUGCAAAAGUAUUUCUGUGCCACAUGGGAAUCAAGUGGGUUUCCCAAACCCCCCAAUCUCCCAGAAAAGUGGGUUUCUUUGAAAGGCUGAUAAGGGUUGUAAAGAGGACGCUCGCUACGACGUUACGACGAAAUCUGUUGACCGAGGAACAACUCAGAACCCUAAUCAAAGAAGCCGAAGCUGCAGUCAACAACCGCCCCUUGAUGUACUCAGGAGACAUGCAUAUGCAUGAGGACGAAGCCCUCACACCAUCGCACCUCAUCCUUGGAGAUGUUCGCUUAUUGCCGCUCAUGGUUCCUCACGAGGAUAUGCAUAUGAUACUGACGAUAUGA